CGGCUAAGUGCGCAGUUAAUAACUAGCUAUGGUUCGGCUAAGUGCGUGGGUUCCGUUGACUCCUCAUUCAUUUUUCAAGAGAGAAAGACCGCCGACUCAUAAGCCACACGCCUGGGACCAAUAACACGCGAGACAUUUGCAUGAAAAUUGGUGUUUAGCAUAAAACCACAUUUGGAGCCGUAUGUGUGGCAGAAUUUAGGAGACGCAACCUCUUCAAUUUACCGCGAUAUGUGACCUACCUCAUUCAGCAUUCAAGCCCAUUUGGAUCAUCACAGCAAGAACAUUUAUUUUAUUGGCAGGAAACCGUAAUAUGGAUAAAGCAAAUAUCUGGUCGCUUAUUCUUUCAAUUUACUUUUUCGAAACGUGCGCAAGUUUUCUUACAAACACUACUGAAGAAACUUCAUUCAGCAACAGCACAGACAGGCUGAGUGACUACGGCGACAUCGAAACGCGGUUCUCUGUGCGCUCUUCCGAGGCCCCCGACGGGGACCUGUGCUACCUGGUGCCGGGGCGGCCGCACACCGUCUCACAGUGCCGGUUCAACGCCCACGCGCACACCUUCAUCAUCAUCCACGGCUGGACGGUUACAGGGGGCUUCGAUGGCUGGGUGCCGAAGCUGGUGGAGGCGCUGCUGGAGCGGGAGCCGCAGGCUAACGUGCUCGUGCUGGACUGGCUGGCGCGGGCCCAUCAGCACUACCCCACCUCCGCCGCCAACGCCAGGCUGGCCGGCCGCGACCUCGCCAAGUUCAUCCACUGGAUGGAGGUGGCGCUGCACUACCCCCUGGAGAAGUUGCACCUGCUGGGGUACAGCCUGGGGGCCCAUGUGGCUGGGAUCGCUGGAGAUCUCUCCAAAAGCAAGGUGUACAGAAUCACAGGCCUGGACCCCGCCGGCCCUGGGUUCGAGCACGCAGACGCGCAGGGCUCGCUCUCUCCGGACGACGCUGGCUUUGUGGACGUGCUGCACACCAACACCAGGGGGUCCCCCGGCCGCAGCAUCGGCAUCCAGCGCCCCGUGGGGCACCUGGACAUCUACCCCAACGGGGGCUCCUCCCAGCCAGGCUGCGACCUGCACCGCACCCUGCUGAGGAUCGCCACAUCCGGCAUCCAGAAUCUGGAUCAGCUGGUGAAGUGUUCCCAUGAGCGCGCGGUGCACCUGUUCAUAGACUCCCUGCUGAACGCCGAGCAGCAGAGUCUGGCCUUCCGCUGCAGCUCCAAGGAGACCUUCAAGCGCGGGCUGUGCCUCAGCUGCCAUGGCAACCGCUGCGCCAAGCUGGGCUAUGACACGCGGCCGGUGCGCCCCCGCAGAAGCCUCACCAUGUACCUGCACACGCGAGAGGUCAUGCCCUUCAGAGUUUUUCACUUCCAGGUGAAGGUGCAUUUCUUUAGCCAGGAGGAUGUGACAUUCAGGGACCAGCCACUGAAGAUAUCCCUGUUCGGGACUCUGGGAGAGAAGGAGGACAUCAGUCUCGUCCUGCCCGUCAUGCAGGGGAACAGCACGGUCUCCUUCCUGGUGACGUCGGAGGUGGAGGUGGGGCCGCUGCUGCGGGUGGAGCUGCAGUGGGUGGAGGACUACGUCUUCAAGUUCUGGGAGCGCUCUGGACCCAGCCCCUUCUACAUCCGCCGCCUGCGUGUCAAAGCAGGGGAGACUCAGGCCAGGGUGGUGUUUGUGGCCAAAGAUGGGGAGUUCGGCUUCCUGUCCAGAGGAGGUGAUUACGUCACCUUUGUAAAAUCCAAGGAGGACCCAGCCAGCCAGACACAGCAGAGGCCACCCCGCUGGGACUGGUCAUGGCCACGGAUCCGGCCUCUUGACCCAGAGCCAGACUGCCCCUGCUGAACAGCAACCUGUGCUCCCUGCUUCCUCUGGCCCUGACUGCGAUCCCUGCCCCGUGUCCACUGCCCAUAAAAGGGCAGCCUCGGCAGGAUGCUGAUAAGUCCAUGCCUUGACCUUUCCCGGGAGGCCCGUCUUGUGGGCAUCGCUCCACCGCCCCUCCAGAUCUUCUCAGGUGACCUUCAUCAGUGCUGCAUCUCUGAAGCUGCCGGCAACAUUCUUCCCCAAGUUUCUAACAGGCACCAGACCGCCACAUUCUCCCUGGCUUUUCUGAGCAGUUGUGUGACUGGGGCUCGAGAUAGCCGGCUGCCCCUGGAAUGCCACCUCUCUGCUGGUAUUGCUGUAUCCGCUGAGGAUGAAAUCAUUCAUUCACUUCACUGCAAUGCUGAGAAAAACCUGCACUGUGCAAAGAGCUGAUUCUCACCUGGCUGAUGUCCUCGGAGUGCUCCUCUUUAGGAAUCCACACCCCUUCUGCACAUCUCCAUUUUCUCCCUCAGUGACCCUGGUGGUUCUCCAGUCCAUGCGGGAGCUUGGGGUAAUGCUGAUAUAGCUUGAUGUGCCACUCGGUCCUGAACUGGACCUUGCACUCUCUGGUGUCCUUAUCACAGUGUCACACUGGCCUAGAUGACUCGGAAUGUCACGGAAACUGUAACUUCCACCUUCAUACAGGUUUGCCAGGGAGAGCCUUGGAGAACCCACACGAGUUAGCAUGGAAAGCAGAGAGAUGACAGAGGAAUUGACUGAUUGAUUUCUAGAUGUAUUGAUUGACAGAUUGAUUUCUAGAUGUAUUGAUUGACAGAGGAAUUGACUGAUUGAUUUCGAGGUGUAUUGAUUGACAGAUUAAUUGACUGGUUGAUUUAUAGAUGUACUAAUUGAUUUAUAGAUGUAUUGCUUGGCUGAUGAAUUGACUGAUAUAUAGAUGUGUUGAUUGACAGAUUUAUUGAUAGAUUGAAAUAUGUAUUGAUUGACAGAAUCAUUGA